CCUCCCUCCGCGGCACUGCUGCUUCCAACAACAAGCAGAAGCCAGCAACAUGGCCGACCUAGGAAAGAAGUACUGCGUAAACUGCCUUGCAGACGUUACGAAUCUGCGGCUUCGCUGUACUGACUGCCCAGAUAUCGAACUUUGUCCGGAGUGCUUCUCCGCGGGUGCAGAAAUCGGUAAUCACCGGCGAUGGCACGGUUAUCAGCAAGUCGACGGCGGGCGCUUCACCCUCUGGGGUCCCGAAGCGGAGGGAGGAUGGACUAGCAGGGAAGAGCAGUCGCUCCUCGACGCGAUCGAGCAAUAUGGCUUUGGAAACUGGGAGGACAUGGCCACUCAUGUAGGGGCAUCUCGGACCCCCCAGGAUGUCAUGGACCACUACGUCGGCAUGUACAUCCAUGGCAACCUGGGAAAGGCCUGCGUCCCCGACAGCAUCCCCAACCGGGUGACGGAUCACACCUGCCCCAGCGGCGGCCCCCUGUCCCCCAGCCUCACCACCCCCCUGCCUCCCCUGGACGUGACCCUGGGCGAACAGCAACAGCUGGGCUACAUGCCGCUCCGCGACGACUAUGAGAUGGAGUACGACCAGGAGGCGGAGAAGCUCAUCAGCGGUCUGUCGGUCAACUACGACGAUGAAGACGUGGAGAUCGAGAUGAAGCGCGCGCAUGUGGACAUGUACGUGCGCAAGCUCCGCGAGCGCCAGCGCCGCAAAAAUGUGGCCCGCGACUACAACCUGGUGCCUGUCUUCCUAGGCCGCGACAAGAAGGAGAAGCAAAGCACGCUGGGAGUUGUAGGUGGUGGUGUUGUCGUCGGAGCGGUGGGGAGCCUUCCGACGCCAACCACUCCCGUGGUGACACCGGGAGCUCCAGCUGUCCCGACAGUGCCGAAGCGUAAGAUCCCCAAGGAGGAGAAGGAGCAGCGGGUCAAGUUACGGGGGAUGUGCCAGUUCAUGGCUCAGCGGGAGUUUGAGGACUUGUUCCACAACAUGCACAAAGAGCGCGUUCUGCGCGCCAAAGUACGGGAGCUGCAGCGCUACCGCCGCAACGGCAUCGCGCGACUGGACGAGUCGGCUGAGUACGAGGCGGCGCGGCACAAACGGGAGAAACGCAAGGAGAACAAGAGCGUAGCUACCUCGAAAACGGGCCGGGGUGGAGGGCUCGGCACAGGAGGAGGGCUUGGCGGAGGGACGGGAGGUGGCGGAGUGGGCGGCGGUGUCAUCAAAGAGGAGGGCAAGGAUGGCGAGUUCCCGGCCAUAGAGAACCUGGCGGGCUUCGAGCUGCUGUCGGACCGGGAGAAGGUGCUGUGCAACUCACUUAACCUCAGCCCCACGCGCUACCUGACUGUCAAGACAAUCAUCAUCAAGGACCAUCUGCAGAAGAGCCAGGGCAUUCCCUCCAAGAGCCGGCUGCCCAGCUACCUGGACAAGGUGCUCAAGAAACGCAUCCUCAGCUUCCUCACAGAGAGCGGCUGGAUAUCCCGGGACGCGUCCUAACAAUCCAUUGGGUUUGUAGAGACUGGGACACGUCCUAACCAUCCAUUGGGUUUGUAGAGACUGGGACACGUCCUAACCAUCCAUUGGGUUUGUAGGGACUGGGACACGUCCUAACAAUCCAUUGGGUUUGUAGGGACUGGGACACGUCCUAACCAUCCAUUGGGUUUGUAGGGACUGGGACACGUCCUAACAAUCCAUUGGGUUUGUAGGGACUGGGACACGUCCUAACAAUCCAUUGGGUUUGUAGAGACUGGGACACGUCCUAACAAUCCAUUGGGUUUGUAGGGACUGGGACACGUCCUAACCAUCCAUUGGGUUUGUAGGGACUGGGACACGUCCUAACAAUCCAUUGGGUUUGUAGAGACUGGGACACGUCCUAACAAUCCAUUGGGUUUGUAGAGACUGGGACACGUCCUAACAAUCCAUUGGGUUUGUAGGGACUGGGACACGUCCUAACAAUGUGUAUGGAGUUUGUGGGGACUAAGGAUUGUAGAGGGACAAUGACUCUUGUUCUCUGUUGGAUUGUUGCAACUCUGUGUCUUGUUAUAAACAAUGUGAGAUGUGUCGUAAACUCCAGAUUGGACCAAGCUGAAUUUUACCACCUUUUGUCAAGUUCUGACCCAAGUCGUCGGCCACCGGACUGUUUGUGAAUAUGUACAUUGCAAAAGAUUUUCCCUUUCUUAAAAAAAAAAGUUUGGAUACCAUUUACAGGAGAACGUGGAACAAAUAUAUAUUUUUGUAUUUGAAUCCAUAUGAAUGAUAAUGUAUGGGUAGAUGAUACAUUCUCUUUAUUGCAGUGAAGGAUCACCUAAUACUACUGGGCAAACCAGACAACACUGUUUUUCAAAGCUGUUCUCAAACUAUAAAUAGUUGUGUAGUUUGUCUCCAGCUUCCUUUAAGUAUGGUCCCAGAUCAGUUGGUGCCAUCUUGCCAACUCCUAUGGUCAUUGGCAAGACGAUACAAACAGAUCUGGGACCAGGCUAGCUUCCUUUUAGGUUAGGGUGUUGUCUUGGAGAGCACAGGUUAGUGCCUAUUCAAACAGCAAUACAGUCACACUGUGUUGGAAAGCAGGGGUUAUCAUCAUCAUUCUUACCAUGAAGAGAUGGCCUGCUAAGCAUAGAGGGGUCAGUAUUUGGCAGCUAACGCUUUCAUAAAGCACUGCGGUAAUCCCCAUUAUGACGCUGUAGCUUUGUGGUGUGUCAGGCUCAGAAUGUGGCACUGUGAGGGGAGUAGAUAAGCCUAACUCUUCCAUACUAUUCUGUUCCACACGUUGCACGUUUUCUGAUUCUAGUAGGCUAUUCACUCUACUCGACUUCUAAAGAAAAUAAAAAGCUUUAAAUAUUGGCAUUAACCAAUGACAUGCGAUCCUAAAGCACAAAUCAAAAAUGUUGCAGAUCUAUUUUUUUUCACCAACGGUUAAGUUUGCCUGCCCCUUGUUUGGGGGGGGGGG